GAGCCAUCAAGUCCGGCCCUAUUUCCCGGGAAGACCAUUCGGAUCUGAUCUGAUCGAUCUAAUACAUACCCGAGCCGAGCAAGGCUGAUUACUCACCCAUCUCCUCUCCUAUCUCUUAACACCUACGUACCUAGUACUCACUGUCAUCGAUGUAAAGACCAACCGCAACAUGACGCAACCGCGUCUUCUUCCAUUACGAUGUCGAAUCAAAUCAAUUUCCGAUCUCGCACAGCCAUUCUGUUAUCUCCACAUGUCGUUUUUGACAUAUGGAUCUCAGAUAUUGUUUCAUUACUUGGAGCCUGGUCCUUUGGGUAGGAAGGAGAUGGUGGUUUUCAAUAUGUGUGCUGGGGCGAUGGUGUGGUGUUAUUUUCAGACUUGUCAUGUUGAUCCUGGGGAAAAGGGUUGGGUUGAUAAGGUGAUGGUUGAUGGGGUUGAGAAGGGGAAUCUUGGGAAGGGUAUUGGGGAUGGUCAAGGUGGAGGGGAGAUGGAGGAAAAUAAUGUGAGGUGGUGUAAGAAAUGCGAUGCAGUGAAGCCGCCUAGGGCUCAUCAUUGUAAACGAUGUAAACGGUAUGUUUCUCGUCUGUAAAAAUUUCUUGAUGCGGAAUUAUACUAACUCCUCAAAGUUGCAUCCCGAAAAUGGAUCAUCAUUGCCCAUGGACAAACAAUUGCGUCUCUCACACUACAUUUCCUCACUUUGCCCGCUUCCUCUUCUAUGCCGUCCUCUCCAUCACAAUCCUCAGCACCUUCAUCUUCACGCGUCUCUCAUACGUUCUCUCCGAAAGCACUCUCCCAUCCUACCUGGGACCGUCUACUACAUCCCUCACUAUGCUCUUUAUAAUCUUUUGUUCUAACGGACUCUCUUUCUUCGCCAUGUCCCUCCUCCUUAUGCGCACCAUCUACUCCCUUGCCACAAACAUAUACAUGAUCGAAGCCUGGGAGAUCGAACGCCACGAUGCGGUUAUCGAACGCUCAAAGACGCGCAAUAUGCGAGGCUAUGUAUAUGCGAACGGGGGACGGAAAGUGCGAGUCGAGAAGGUGGAAUUUCCAUUCGAUAUAGGGAUUUGGGAGAAUAUUGUACAAGCGAUGGGAACGGCGAAUGUCUUGAUGUGGUUUAAUCCCUUUGCGGGAGGACCAGGUGUAGAGAGUGCGGGGAAAUGGGAAGAAAAUGGUUUCAAUGAUAAAGAAGGCAUGUGGCCACCUCCAGAUCCGGAUAAGUUGGGAAGGAGAGCGGGAUGUAAUGGAGUGGAAACAUAUCCGCUGGAGGAGAAAGUAUACGGAAGUGUAGAAGAGGAAAGAGAUGCAUUUAGAAAGAGACAAGAGGCCGAUUUGAAACGAUGGAAGAAAGAUGAUCUAGAUACCACGAGUAAUGGCGGAGAUGGAUUCUAUGAAGAAGAAGAAGAAGAAGAAGACGACGAGGAUGAGGAUGAGGAUGAGAAAUACGUGAGUGAGUACGAAGAGGGACUUGAUGGAAAAGAAGGAUGGACGAAUUCCGAGGGUGAUAGAUUGAGGGAUUAUGGAGUAGAUGAAGAAGUGGAUAUUAUGGAUGAGGAUGAUAUACCAUUAGGAGAAUUAUUACGACGACGUAAAGCAAGGAAUUUUGAAUCGGCUUAGAUGGGAUAGAAUAUAUAUCACAGAAUAGAAUAGAAAUGAUAAUAUAACUUGGAAACUCUAUGAAAUUUGAAAUGCCUAUACAGCGUCUGCAUUGUCAGACUCAAGUUCAAGCAUCCAAGAAAGUCAGCCAUCAAAGUGAUUUCGCAUACCG